AUGGCCUCAUCAUGUGCAACAAGCCUCGCUGAUGGCCCCUCAAUGAAGCGUCUGCGGACCGAGGCAAAGUGUGCGGAGGAUCCCCUGGCGCGAGUUUGGCUGCGCCGUCUUGGCGACGCUGGCACAGCGCUGCCGAGCCCUGUUUGGGAGCACCUCCGGCGAGUGGAGGUCCUUGGCCUGCGUGCCCGCUUUGAUGCGAGGUAUGGAGAGCUCUGCAGAGAAGUCCUCACAGAGCCGGGCACGCCUCGCACGCCUUCCCGAGCACCCAGAGAGGCACUUAACAAGUGGUUCAUGGAGCGUCUCAACAGCAAGAGCGCAGACCCUCUUUGGGGAGGUCCCGCGAGCGAUGAAUCAAGACCUCACAGUGCAGCAACGAGCGAAGCUGACGAGGGUUUAUGCCGGAAUUUGUGCCGAGAGCUCCUGCCUGGUUUGGAUGCUGAAGCUGCAAGGACAAUGGAGAACCGAGUCCGAGAAAUCUGUUCGAAGCUGGCCUUAGAAGCUGCUGCUUCGGUCCUUUCCCUGCGCAAGAAGUUCAGCGAGCUGAGCGAGCUGGAGCGUGGAAGCUCUGUGUCGGCGACAUUCGACGCGCGGCGAGGUUGCUAUCUCUUCUCGCUGCUGCCAGAAGGGGCUAGUCUAGAAACUCUCCCCGCUGCGGACUUGGAGUCGGAGUGCAGCGGUGGCGAGUCCGCCGACGCGGGAAGUUCGGAGGUCUUUACCAUCAGUCCGUCGGCGUUGGCCAGGUUGGGGAAGUUACUGCGCAAAGCGGCAAAGCGCGCCAAGCUCAUGGCCGUCGACAUCGAGACCAGUGGCGGUGGUUUGGCAUCCUCCGUGGCUUUCUUGCAAGAGGACUCGACUUUCUGGAACCUGACUUUCUGCACGUUAUGUCGCUAUGACACGCUGUUUGGGCCGGGACACAAAGAGGGAGGAGGACUGCAUGCAGCCGUUCCAGACGAGGUGUUUUCGGCUCUGGAGGGCCUGGAGUCUUCCAGAUUGGCUAGAUUGGAGUGCUUCGCGUCGCCGCUGCUGUGCCAACAAAAUUGGCACUUCUGCUCGGUCUUUGACGACCUGGAUGUCUUCUUCGGCUCUCUAGGCCCGUUUCUGCAGGAAGACUUGGACCUGGGCACCAUGGGUGGUGUCUAUGAGAUCAAUCCCCCCUUUGUUCGCGGCUUGGUAUUGCGACUGGCUGAGAAGUUGUUGGCAGCCUUUGAAAGCGCUGUGCAUCACAAAAAAGCCCUCUAUGUGUUUUUGGUUCUACCAGGUCUCGAGCACAGACGCGAGGCAGAAGACAGAAAUGCCCUGGAAGAAUUAUUUGAGAGCCCCUUUAAAGUGGCAAUCUCAGAGCGGAAGCGUCGGGUCUUUACCAAUGGGCUUACCUUCAAGACAGACCACACGUGGCCACUCUUUGCAACGUCCACGACCGUUGCUCUUUUGGCUUCGGAGGCCGAUUUGUCACGCCAACUGGGUGAUCAGUUUGACAGCAUCUGUCGACUCUGGGGAGAAGUUGACUUGCCCGCAGGCAGCAAUGAAGAAAGUGGCUCGGUUUUGGUGUUGAGCGCUCUUCAACAAGCAUUCUGCUCCACGUACUAG